UCGAGACAGGUGACAAGUUUUCUUUGAAGCUUGAAAGUAAUUCAGGGCCUGAUUUGAAGAGCAGUUUUUAUGGACAGCUUGCGACAAGAUUGUCUUGCCAUUUAGUGUCUUGUUCUCUUGUUCAAGCCAUUCCAGUCAGGUGGUAGUAGCUGUGGUAGUUCUUGUUUGCGCUCAGUUGAAUCCCCAUUGGAACGCUUUAGGCGUAUUUUCUCCCUUGUCUCUGGCCUAAAUUAGUACUCUUCAGGCUAUGAACCCUUCAAUCGAAUUGCAGAAGCAGAUCAAAGAUAACGCAGAGGACGUGAGAAAAUUUGUGUCCGAUCUCAGCAAUUGGGAAGAAGAAAUGAAGCGAAAAGAGUCUACCGCUCGAGCUGCUGCUUCAAAGGAAAGUUCUCUACCACCAGUACGGAACUCCUCUGUGAAACAGGACUUAAACAAUAGCAAAACAGCUAAUCCGUUAGGUGACUCCCGCAGUGCAAAGAAACGUAUUUCUUCAAAUGAUUAUGCUGCUUGGGAAAAAUUUGAUGUGGAGAAAGCAUGCGAAGAAAUAGAUGAUCCAUCACUGAAAAAGAAAUCUGAAUCUGAUAAAGAUAAAAUUAUUAGAGAAAACCAACUUAGAGAUGAGGCAAAUGAGGAAAAAGAGAAGGGUAAUCAAUUUGUCAAGAAGGAAAAGUGGGAUAAUGCAAUUGAAUGCUACAGUAAAGCAAUUAAGUGCUUUUCCCAAGAUGCUAUUUUUUAUUGCAAUAGAGCUCUGUGUUAUCUUAAAAAGAAAGAUUAUCGUGCUGCUGAGACCGACUGCACCUCUGCACUUACUCUUGAUGGUUCAUAUGUCAAGGCCCUCCAUAGGCGAGGUUUAGCUAGGAAAGAACUGAGCCAGUUGGAUGAAGCCUUGGAAGAUUUGAAGCGUGCUUUUGAUUUAGAGCCCAAUAACACUGCUAUAGCUCGAGAUUUCAACUCAGUCAAAAUGAAAGUUGACCAAAUUAGAAUAAAUACCAUACUGAUUCAGGAAGCUCAGAGACUUGAAACUGAAGCUGAAGUUAUGAUGGACAUAGGCUCAGACAAAAAUCCUGACCCAAUAUUACCAGCAAAGAAGCAUCGAAUCCCUACCACAACAAAGAAAGAUACUUCUUCAAACUCUAUAACCUGGCCAACGGUUGAAAAUAGUGUUGUUAUUGAGCCUGUCAUCAUUCCUCCACACAAGCGUUCAAAGAAGCCACUUGUGAGAGUCCAGGUACAAGAAAGUGCCAACAUUGGAGCUACCACUUCUUCUUUCGAGGCUGUAACGUCUGCCACUGACACUUCAAAUAAGACAAAUUCGCAGCAUGCAACUAAAAAAAAUUUAGAAUUGAAGACCAAAUGUGAAGUCAAAUCAGAUGCACCCUCUGUCAUACAAAGUGGUGCAAGCAGCAGUACCCCUCCAACUUCAAAAUCACCAUAUGUCACAAGCUCUUUACCCAAAGAAGUUCCUCCCAUUCCUAAAAACUCUGUCCAAUUUUUAGGUGCGUGGAGACAAAUGAACCUUAAUAAGGAGAUGUGUUUCCAAUAUUUGAAGAAAAUUAAUGGGCAGGAUUUUCCAAAAAUAUUCCAAGAUUCCCUGGAUGGAAAUAUUCUCAGUCAGAUACUGAGUGUACUGGCAACUGAAUUUGUUGCCGCUAAUGAACCUGUUUUAGCUUAUCUGCAAGGACUCACCCAAGUUCGGCGCUUCCGUACUCUCACUCUAUUCUUGUCCCAGUCUGAUAAGAGCAAUAUGGAGGUACUAUUCAAGCACACUCAGAAUUUAGAGAAGACUCCCACUGAUGUUUUAGAAAAUUUGAAGAAAGAGUAUGAGCUUUGAUGACAGAGAAAGAAUCUCCAUGUUCCUAAUUGUAUUUUUUCCCUGAUUGUUCGAAGCACAAGAUUGCAUGUUGUGUACAUUACCUAUUCGAUAGUUAUAGGUAAUAAAGUAAUUUUUCGAUCAAAUA